UCAUAGAGAACCAUCUUUGGAGGAGUGCUACAUGGGUAAAACAUGGCUGCUGUGAAUUCGUCAGAGAGACGCCAGGGCGACCCCAACGAUGAGCUGGGGGACCCGGGGGGUGCAGCACAGAAAUGCGAAACAUCUGACUAUAAAUCGACAGACCCCGAUAACACUUUUGCUGUUGAAUUAGACAGAAUUCCCAAGGACUCAAAUGAAAAUAGAGAAUCUAGUAUUGUUACCGAUGGGCUUGCUAGCCAGACUGAAAGUAGCAUUGCGCUUCGAGCUAAUGAUAGAUCAGAGAUAUGUAAUGAGUUGGUAUAUUUAACAUCUUCUGAAGAAAAGACCCACAACACCGACGUUUCCUUCAACAAGCAGCGGCAUUUCGAUUGGUCUGAGACGGAGGACGAGGAAGACGGCACGGAUGCAAAAGAGAAUGGAAACUUUCGUAAUGGUAAGAUGGGGAUGACUCAUGAGGUGCAGCAGGAUAAGAUUACUGAAGAUAUCUCAUAUGCAGAGGAUGUGGAAAAGGAAAAAUCACAUUCUGACGAGGAGAUGGAUAUAUCAAAAGACACAGGUGAAGAACAAGAUUGUAAUGGAGGAAAGGGGGCGGAGGAGGAGGAGGAAGAAGAAAAAGAGGAAGAAGAGGAAGAAGGAGGAGAAGAGGACCAAACAGUGAAACGGAGGCAAUGUAGUUUGGAGUGCAAAGACUGUGGGAAGAGGUUCACCCGUCGGGAGACAUUCAACCUCCAUCGUCACUUCCACGCUCACCAGGAUGAACUGGCCUCACUCACUUGUAAGGAGUGUGGCCUUACCUUCCAUCACCGCAGCAGCCUCAUCAAGCACCGCAGUGAGCACCAACAGAAGGUUGAACAGCCUGUGGAACGGAAGAGGAGAAGGAGCCCACAGGGAGUCCACAAGGAGGAGAGGCCAGGCUUCCAGUGUGACCACUGUGAAGAGACUUUCCCAUCACUGAGCAAACUGAGGCUCCACACCUGCGACUGUGCCCCGGAUAAGGCGUACCGCUGCCCCCUGUGCCGCAAAGAGUUCCGCAUGAAGAUCUCCAUCACCAGCCACAUGCAGACCCACUCCCUGAGCUCCCACCCCUUCCGCUGCCAGGAGUGCCACAAGAGCUUCUCUGACAUAUUUUCCCUGCGUGACCACCAGGGCUCCCAUGCCUCCCUCAAGCCCUACGCGUGCCCCGAGUGUGGCAUGGUGUUCAGGCACCGCUCUGUCAUGGAGGACCACCGUCGUAAGCACACAGAGGACACACAAGGCCCCUACCUGUGCAACAUCUGUGGGAAGCACUUCAAGUAUUCCAGCCUCCUGCAACAGCACCAAUACCUUCACACAGGUCAGAAACCCUUCCGCUGCCCAGACUGUGGCAAAACGUUUGCCUUAGCCCAGAACAUGAAGGCGCACUGCCGCCAGCAUAGACGGCACCCUCACGGAUGCUCUCUUUGCCCCCUCACUUUCCCCGACCAGGGCAGUCUGCAGGCUCACGUGUCAUGCCACGAGACAGUCGGGGGACUAGACAAGGAGAACACAAACCACGGGUUGGAGCCAAAACGUAUAUUCAACUGUCCCCUCUGUCCUCAGAACUUUCCUUCACCAGCUGACCUGAGGGCUCACAUGCUGAUCCAUGAAGCAGAGCAUGAGAGGAUGGAGAACGGGGCAUGUAAAGACGGGGAAACAAACCGUUACACCUGUCCACACUGUCCUGCCACCUACUCUGACCAGUCUAAUAUGAUGGCCCACCUGACAACUCACACGUCUGCCCGGGUCAGGGUAGAGAGGCAGGGUAAUGGACUUGAAGUAGGGAGAUCUGCUCCACUUAACACUGCCAACGUCCCAGGGAGGUGGCAUAGGGAGGAGAUGAGUAGUAAGCCUUUAAAGUGUCCAGACUGUGGCAAGUCGUUCCGUCACCGCUCUGUGUUAACGUUGCACAUGCGUAUUCAUUCCAAGGACAAGCCUUACCAGUGCAGGGUGUGCAACAAGUCCUUCAGAUUCAACAGCUAUCUGCAGCAGCACAUGAUCAUUCACACCGGGGAGAAACCAUACAAGUGCCCAGACUGCAGCAAGGACUUUGCUUUCCUGCAGAACAUGAGAACCCAUCAGAGGCUGCACACACAGAAACCGUUCCGCUGCACAAAGUGCCGUAAGGGAUACAGCGACGAGAAUCAGCUUCAGCGCCAUUUGCUGUCACACAACGGCGAAAAGCCCCACAAGUGCCACCUCUGCGAAAAGAGCUUUGGGCUGGCCUACCUGCUACGGGACCAUCUGAACACCCACACAGGCGAGAGGCCCCAUCGCUGUCAGGAGUGCCACAAGACAUUCCCCUGGCUCGGCAGCCUGCUGGUGCAUCAGAAAAUCCACGCUCGAAAGCGCCAGGGGUCGAGUCAGCCUUACUCUUUUCCAAUGGCCAUGAGGAUAAGAGGCAAGGGUAGCAGGGGCCGGAGCGGAGGCAGGCUGGCAUCAGGCUGGCCCAGGUUGGGUGGAAUGGGGCGAUCAGGUAUGGACACGCCCCAACAAACACCUCCAUAUCAAGUCCCAAUGUCAAGGAGUCCUGAGUGGCAGAGGAGGCCGGCCCAGCCACAGCCACCCAUGUUUUCAUCCCAGAUGGAUAUGCAGCAGCCAGGGGAGACGUCUGCGAGAAGGCCUCCACCAGUCCACCAACAGUGGCGGGUGGAAGGUGGAGAACUGAGGCCUGUUCCACUGCCUAACCAGUCUCAACCGUCUCAGGAUCCUGAAAGACAACCAGCGCCUGUCCAACAGCAGCCAUCUCCACAAAUACAGCCACAGCAGGUACCACAGUCUCCACUGAUACAACAACAAGUGCAAUUACAGCUACAGCUACAGCCACAUCUACAUCCGCAGCUGCGCCAACAGCAGGUUCAGCAUCAUCUACAGUCUCCGCUGAUCCAACAGCAAUUACAGUGGCAGCAACCAGGUGUACAGCUCCAGCCCCAGCUAGUACCACAACAGCAGUGGCAGCCUGCCAGACACUUGCUCCAGCAAAAGCUGCCCUGGUUACCAGAUGCUCAGCCCCGGCCCGCCCCACCACAGCAACCCCAGCAGUGGCACUCAGAUGGCCUGCCUCGGCCACCCCCACAACAACAGCAGAGGAAUUCAGGCAGGGCAGAGGCACCUACAACGUCACAGCCCGGUCUUAGUGCGUCUCAGAGCCUAGAACCCCCUCCUCCGGGAGAAAGUGGAGGGACCAUGCCCUUAGGUAACAAAACACCACCAGUGGCCGGGCCACAGAAUCCCAGCCCAUUAGCUGUGAGUGAGCAGGAGCAACACAGGCAACAGCCGAAGCCCAUGAGCUGGGGUAACACACCCACUACACCACCAGUCCCCACACUGAGCUCUGUUCAGCUUGACUUCCCUGGAUCCCCCAUUUACAUGGAUGGGGCUGCUUUGUGGGGUGGGCUGAGGACCUCUCCAGCAGUGCCACCAUCCCAGAGCACAUUAAACAAGCUGGGCCAAGAGCUUAAGCUACCAAGAUGGUCGAGCGUCUCUGUGCCAAUGCAGAAAGCUGUUAAUGAAUCACCCACACCUCCUAGAAAAGAGGACACUAGAGUUUGGGACUUUAAUGCACCUCUGGUAAUGUCCCCAACUGUUAGUUCAUCAGAGAAAGCUGGGAGUGGGCGUGAGCAGCAGAAACAGUGGUCUCCAGCUCUACUCAGUACAUCCUCCUCAGCUCAGAUGGGCCACAGCUCUGUCAUGUCAAUUUCAAGCCCUCCAACUCAUGGGAUUGGAGGUAGUCCCUGGGAUUUCAAAGGAUCCCCCUCAAACAAAUCAGGCCUUAGCCAGGAGUUAGAGCAGCAGCAGCAAAAACAUCUAUCUUCCAGCUGGACCAAUGUACCCACAUCCACCCAGAACGUUCCCAUCUCCAUUCAAUAUGACCCACAACGUUUCACUCAUGGGGUGGGACCCACUGUGUGGGGUUUCCAAACCACUCCAGCUGGCCCUCAGCAGCAGCCAAUGGUAACAGGCACUCAAAUCAUCAUAAAUCAGACCUCUCCUUUCUUCUCUCCUCUCCCUCCGCUCCCUCCUCUUAGUUUGCCUGGCUCACACCCUCUUCACUCUGUAGCAGUCGGCUCUCUACCAAGGCCUCCACACCCAAACAUUUUCUUCACGCCACAGGCUGUCAUGAGUGAGAGGCCACACAUGACACAGACCCUGUCGCUACCUCAGCUCGCCCCACGGCCUGUUCCUCACAAACUGGGCCGUUUGCCUUACGCCCCAGACCGCCUUCUCCAGUGCAUGAUCUGUGGCUGCUCUCUACCCCGGGAGUUAGACUUGCAAAUGCACUACAUGCAGCAUGCACAGGGAGAGAUUUGACACUGGCAAAGAGUGUGUCUACUACUCUGUUUUUCCAAAUGUUUUUAAUGUACAUUUAUUGUAUAACUAUAGCAAUUUAGCUGUGUUUUGUGUCCUUUUUGGACAUUGUCCAUGUUGUUGAUCUCUCACUCUAUAAGAAAGGGUCAGAGACUCUCAAAAAGUGUAUAGUUUGUUAACUGACAACUGUGCUUGAUGCGAACCAGGGACCCUCUGCACACAACAACAGUCACCCACGUAGCAUCGUUACCCAUCGCUCCACAAAAGCCGCGGCCCUUGCAGAGCAAGGGGAACCACUACUUCAAGGUCUCAGAGCAAGUGACGUCACCGAUUGAAACACUAUUUAGCGCGCACCACCGCUAACUAAGCUAGCGUUUCACAUCCGUUACACUUGAUAAAGUUUUCUGAGUUCACAGCUUUGCCUUCAACUGCAAAUAACUUAGAAAUAUGACUGUGUAAUGGAUUUCUUGGCCAGUACCAUCAUAUUUACUGUGUUGUAAACAUAAACUGGGUAAAUCCAUGCUAUUAGGUUCACCACCCCGUUCACAAAAAUAUUUUGCACCUAUAGACAGUGAGUCACCUGGCUGUGGCUUGCUAUAUACAGUGGGGCAAAACAGUAUUUAGUCAGCCACCAAUUGUGCAAGUUCUCCCACUUAAAUAUGAGAGAGGCCUAUAAUUUUCA